AUGAUAGAAAUCAAGGGCAUGCUGCAACAACUCAUUGGGACAAAUGGAAAGAUGCAAGAAAAGUUGGCCUCACAUGAUUCGGCUAUUAAAGGCAUUGAAACUCAAUUAGGCCAGUUAUCUAUGGCCUUGAACAAUCGCCCACAAAGAACGUUGCCUGCAGACACAAACAUCAAUCCAAAGGAGCAGAACCCAAAUCAACUAAUGGCAGUGAGUCUCAGGAAUAGAAGGGAUUUAGAUAGAGAGCAAGAAGUUGCUCAAUAUAGGAGAGACGCAGUGCUAAUUACUCCAGUGACAUUAGAGACCGACGAGUCAACAGAGCUCACAGAAGUUGUAAUUGAACAUGCACAAGUGGACAAAGGCAAGGAGAAGGAAUUUGAACAACUCACAGAACAGGUGGUGGAAAAGGCUCCUAAUAAAGAAAAGACACCAAGCAGUGGGCAGAAGCUAACUCCUGCACCAUUCCCUCAAAGGUUGGCAAAGCAAAAGAAAGAUGAUCAAUAUAGGAAAUUCAUGGAAAAGCUUAAACAAAUUCAAUUGAAUAUUCCGCUGAUGGACGCUUUGAGGGAAAUGCCAGGUUAUGCAAAAAUGAUGAAGGAUCUGAUGUCUCGAAAAUCUGACUUCCAGGACCUGUCUACUGUAACUCUAACUCAAACUUGCAGCAUGGUAGUGACAAGACCUAUGGCUCAAAAAUUGUCUGAUCCCGGUAGUUUCACUAUCCCAUGCACAAUUGGAAGUUAUGCUUUUGCUAAAGUAUUGUGUGACUUAGGAGCCAGUAUCAACUUGAUGCCUUUGGCAAUCUACAUAACAUUAGGCAUUGGCAGAGCUAUACCGACCUCAAUGUUGUUGCAACUAGCUGAUCGCACAGUCAAAAGGCCGACAAGAAUUCUGGAUGAUGUGCUCGUCCAAGUGGGGAAGUUUUUAUUUCCAGCUGAUUUCGUUAUUCUUGAUUUUCAAGUUGACGAAGAAAUACCAAUAAUUUUGGGGAGGCCGUUCUUAGCUACUAGGAGAGCAUUGAUCGACUGUGAGACUGGAGAGUUAAAAAUGAGAUGUGGAUGGUGUAAGUUGGCAGAGUGGGUCAUUGCUCUCGAAGGUCAAGGGUUCUGGAAACGGGAACCCCAGUUCAAGCCAUUACAGUUAGAAGAAAGGGCAACACCGCCUGCGAAGCCAUCAAUAGUGGAGCCACCACAAUUGGACCUAAAAUCGCUUCCAGCUCACCUCAGGUUAGCAUUUGAGGAGCUGGAGAAGAGACUGGUAAAUUCACCAAUCAUCGUUGCAUCCAACUAUGUGCAGCCGUUCGAGCUCAUAUGUGACGCAAGUGACUAUGCUAUAGGAGCAGUCCUGGGGCAGCAAAAGGACAAGAUAGAAAGGACAGAUAACCAAGUGGCAGACCAUCUUUCAAGGUUGGAGGGAGCUGAAAAGAAAGUAGAGGUUGAAGAUAUAACUGAGACAUUCCCGGAUGAACAAUUACUAGCAGUGCCUUGGCAUGCUUCACAAUAUGGUGGGCACUUUGGAGGAAUUCGGACAUCGGCGAAAGUGUUGGAGUCGGGUUUGUAUUGGACGACUUUAUUCAAGGAUGCACAUGCUUGGGUGAAAAGUUGUGAUGAGUGCCAAAGGACAUGCAACAAAUCUUGCCGUCACGAGAUGCCGAUGACUACAAUUCAAGAGGUGGAAGUAUUUGACAUGUGGGGGAUUUAUUUUAUGGGACAAUUUGUCAGCCCGUAUGGUAACAAGUACAUAUUGGUAGUAGUUGACUAUGUAUCCAAAUGGGUUGAAGCUGUGGCCCUUUCAACAAAUGAUGCCAAAGGAGUGACAAGUUUUCUAAAGAAAAAUAUUUUUACACAUUUUGGCACUCAGAGAGCUAUAAUCAGUGAUGGUGGAACCCAUUUUUGCAAUAGAGCGUUUGCAAGGCUGUUAGAAAAGUAUGGAGUUCGCCAUAAGAUUGCCACACCUUACCAUCCACAAACGAGCGGGCAAGUGGAAGUGCCCAACAGGGAAAUCAAAAGUAUCCUGACCAAAACGUUAGUGUUUGGAAAAGCAUGCCAUCUUCCGGUGGAGCUUGAGCAUAGAGCCUUAUGGGCACUGCGGCAGUUGAACUUGGAUAUGGAAGCCGCAGGCACAAGUAGAGUCACAGAGCUACAUGAACUCGAGGAAUUCUGGUUCCAUGCAUUCGAGAACGCAAGAUUGUACAAAGAAAGGAUGAAGAUGAUGCAUGAUAAGCACAUUCUAGAUCGAAACUUCAAACCCAGAGAUCUAGUGUUGUUAUACAACUCGAGAUUAAGAUUGUUUCUGGGUAAGCUAAAAUCUAGAUGGUCAGGACCAUUUAGAGUUAUGCAAGUGUUCUUAAGUGGAGCAGUAGAAAUUGAUCAAAAGAUGGAACGAAUAGGUUUAAAGUGA